AUGGAGUCAUCCAGGGUCAACCAUCAUACCAGAAAACGGCCGGCUGCCGUGGCUGCGGCUGUCGACACUGCGACCACACCUCUGUCGCUGCGCGACGUGAUGUCGGAAAUCCACAAAAUUUCAGCUCAGUUGGCUCCCUUAUCCACGGUUGUUGCGGAUAUCCAAGCAAUCAAAACUGACGUCGCAGAACUUAAGAGGUCUAACUCUAACACCUCCAAAAAAUUAUCACAGUUCGAAGACCGCCUCGAAAAAGUUGAGGCCUCUAAUGAGCACGGUGCGCUCAAAUCUCGGAUAACUAACCUUGAGGUUGAGCUCAACGAAAAAGAUCAAUGGCUCAGAUACAACAACAUCGAAAUAAAAGGAGUACCCCUGAAGAACAAUGAAAAUCUCUUUGAGAUUUUGCAAAGGAUCGGUACAAAGGUAACUUACAUAGUGCCCAAAACCAGCGUGAAUUAUAUAACCCGAGUGCCUUCACGUGGUGAAAAUGCAUCAAGGCAAAAGUCGAUUAUUGUAUCGUUCACGAACAGAUACACGAAAGAGGAUUUUAUCGCAGCGUGUCGCAUCUGCAAGACCAUCACCCUCGACGACAUCGGCUUCCAGGGCGCCGGCAGGGUGUACGUCAAUGAUCAUCUGACGGUCAAGAAUAAGAUACUCCUGAAUAAGACAAAGGCCGUGGCAAAGGAGAAUAAUUUUCAAUAUGUGUGGGUGAAACACGGAAAGAUUCACAUUCGGAAAACCGAUUCUUCGCCAGUACUGCAAGUGAGAACGGAAGAAGACCUCUCGAAGCUUCAUUGA